AUGUCGAUGUCGCCUGCCUCUCUGACGUUGAGCACGAUGCUUUUCGAUGCUUUCUGCUUAACGACGACAGCAGACUCGUUCCAUGAUAUCAAUUAUGGCUACUGCAUGCAAUUGCAAAGUCUCCUUAUGGGCUACACAACCACCGAACCACAUCCAUCUGUCAGUUUAAAGCAACAAAGUAAAUCGAUGCGAACAAGCGAAGUUGAGUAG